AUGAAUACAUUCAUCAAACCUAGUCAAAUAUUACUUCGUGUAAUCCGUAUAAACGUCGUCGAAUUACCAUCUAGCUCUUCUUCUUUUCGUGUUCUUCUUACCAGCCAAACAAAGCGUUUUCACAGCACACAAAUUAAAUUAAAUAUGACUGGUCAAAAUACUCAAGAAACCAAACCAUUAUUCGAACGUUUACCACAAACGAUUGUACCAACACAUUACGAUUUAACUAUUCAACCACACUUGAAUACGUUUAAAUUUAAUGGCGAUGUCAAUAUCCAUUUGAAAAUCAAAGAACCAACGAAUAAAGUUGUACUUUACGCAAAUGAAUUAGAAGUUGACAACGCCAAAGUUAAAUCGAAUUCGAACGACGAACAGAAAGGUACAGUCGAUUAUGACAAAGAAGGCGAACGCAUCACCGUCAACUUCGAGAAAACGCUCGAGAAAGGUGAAUACCAGUUAUUUUUAAAAUUUGUUGGUGAGAUUAAUAACCGCAUGCGUGGUUUCUAUCGCACAAAAUAUACUACACCCGAUGGUAGUGAAGUUCGUUAUGGAGCUAGCACACAAUUUGAACCUGCUGAUUGUCGCCAAGCAUUUCCAUGCUGGGAUGAACCAAACUUCAAAGCUACAUUUGACAUCACAAUGAUUACACCCAAAAAUCUUCGUGCAAUUUCAAAUAUGCCGAUCAAAUCGGAAAGUGACUAUGCAGAAGAUAAGGAAUGGAAAGUAACUAAAUUUGAUCGCACGCCAAUCAUGAGCACGUACCUCGUGGCUUUUGUCGUUGGUGAAUACGACUUUGUUGAAACUACUGAUUCGAAUGGUGUUAGUAUGAAAGUUUAUACACCAGUUGGAAAGAAAGAACACGGACAAUUUGCCUUGGAUACUGGAGCUAAAAUUCUACCAUUUUAUGCUGAUUAUUUCAAUAUUAAAUAUCCAAUCGCGAAAGCCGAUCAAAUCGCCAUCGCAGAUUUUGCUAUGGGAGCUAUGGAAAACUGGGGCUUGAUAACGUACCGUGAAACAGCACUUUUAAUUGAUCCAAAAUUUUCUUCAAUGGACACACGACAACGGGUUGCCAUUGUUGUUGCUCACGAACUUGCUCAUCAAUGGUUUGGAAAUUUAGUUACAAUGGAUUGGUGGACUGAUUUAUGGCUCAACGAAGGAUUUGCAACCUGGAUCGAAUAUUUAGCUGUUGACAAAUGCUUUCCUGAAUUCGAUAUCUGGACGCAAUUCGUUGCCGAUACAUUCGCGCGAUUUCUCGUGCCGGAUGCGUUGAAAUCAUCGCAUCCAAUCGAAGUACCAAUCGGUCAUCCAGCCGAAAUCGAUGAAAUCUUUGAUGCAAUCUCAUACUCUAAAGGUUCAUCUGUUAUUCGUAUGUUACAUGAUUACAUUGGUGAUGAUGCCUUCCGCAAAGGUCUUCAUAACUACUUGAUUGAAUACAGUUACAAGAAUACAGUGACUGAAAAUCUCUGGUCACACUUAGCUAAGGCAUCAAACAAACCAGUCAACGAAGUCAUGUCAUCGUGGACGCUUCAAAUGGGUUACCCACUUGUAACUGUAACUGAAGAACAAUCAGACAAAAAGCGUGUUCUCAAAAUAAAACAACAACGAUUUAUUGCUGAUGGUAGUGCAGAUGAUGAAAAUCUUCAAUGGAAAAUUCCUAUUACUGUUUUCACCAAAUCCAAUCCAAAGAAGAUUGCCCAACAGGUCCUAAUGGAUAAGCCUGAAAUGACGAUUACAUUGGAUAAUGUUACUGAAGAUGAUUGGGUUAAACUGAAUUUCAAUUCCAUCGGUCUCUAUCGUGUUAAAUACGAAUCCAAAACAUUAGCGCGUCUCAAUGAACCCAUUGCUAGCAAAAUAAUUAGUCCACAAGAUCGUCUGAUGGUUCAAAAUGAUGUUGCUGCUCUAUGCAAUGCUGGUCAUCAGUCAUUUGUUGAUUAUUUGGAAUUAUUACCAUCAUUCAAAGAUGAAGAUAACUUCACCGUAUGGAAAUCGAUCGCAUCGAACAUGGGUGAUCUUUCAUCAUUACUUGAAUAUACAACUUAUUUUGAUGAAUUCAAACGAUAUCGUUUGAAUCUCUUCUCGUCGAUUCAAAAGAAACUUGGUUGGGAUGCUAAACCUGGCGAAGAUCCACUCUCAGCUAUGUUACGUCCAAUGAUUUUGGGUAUUGUCGGCAAAUCUGGCGAUCAAGAUGUGAUCAGUGAAGCUAAGAAACGCUUUCAACGUCAUAUCGAUGGUGAUUUAAUGGAUCCCAACAUUCGCGGAGCUGUUUACGUAAUCGUUGCACGUUAUGGAGAUGAAGGCACACAAGAAGAACUUCGCCAAUUGUUCGCUGCAGCAGACAUGACCGAAGAAAAAGUUCGAUUACUCCGUGCUAUGGGUCAAGCAAUUAAACCAAAGAUUAUUGAAAAUACAUUGAAAUUCAUUUUUGAAGGCGAUAAUGUCCGUAUGCAAGAUUCAAUCUCUGGUCUUGUUGGUUGUACGUCAAGCCGCGACGGUCGAGACUUAGUUUGGAAAUUUUUACAAGAAAACUGGAAAACACUUGUUGAACGCUUUGGUGAAAAGAGUAACUUUCUCAUUGCUUUCGUUGAAUAUGGUUUAUCUGACUUCGCCGAUGAAAAGAUUGCUAGUGAAAUCAAAGCAUUCUUUGAAUCAGUGAAUACACCAAUUAUUGCCCGACCAGUGAAAAAAGUACUUGAAACCAUUCAUAUGCGUUCGGAAGUUCUUAAACGCGAUUCGAAAGCAAUGGAAGACUUUUUAAAAAAACAGCAAUAA